AUGAGUUCUACAACCACAAUUAAGCAAAGAAAAGGCACUACUGUGGAUGCGAAGAAGAAACACGAUGGCAUCAGUGCUGUGAAAGGUAGAAAAUUGUUCCAUUACCAUGAAUUGCCCGAAUGGCAGCAGGAUAACGACAAGAUCUUGACCGGCUACGUAGCGGAGACGAAGUCUGUGCUAAAGUGCCUCGACUCUUUGUCUUACUGGAACAACGAAUCUGUGAAUAUCUACACGCACCUAGUGUCGGCGAUAGCUUAUUUCGCUCUGCUGUUGUUCUUUACCGAUAUGCUGUUGAUUCCCUCGUUCCCCUCGACCACAAUGACGGAUUACAUCAUGAUAAACUUCUAUCUGCUCGGGGCGUUCGUGUGUCUGAUGUGCAGCAGCUGUUUCCACUGCUUCAAGCAGCACUCGAGCGCGCAGAGCGACGCCUGGAGCAAAGUCGACUAUAUGGGGAUUAUCGGGCUGAUCUCCUGUUCCGUGAUCUCGCUGCUCUACUACGGGUUCUUCGACCACGUUUUCUAUUUCAAGCUCUUCUCCGUGAUCACCGUCAUACUCGCCAUGGCCUGCAGUGCGUGUGUGCUGAGCGACAGAUUCAACAGCAAGAACAUGCGGCCCCUCAGGGCGAGCUUCUUCAUCACGUUCGCCUUCAGCUCCAUCUUCCCCAUCAUCACCGGCUUCUUCAAGUUCGGCAUGGCUGAAGUGUUCCACAGGGUCCAGCUGCGGUUUGUCGGUUGGGAAGCGCUCUUCUACCUAGGCGGAGCACUGAUAUACGGGUACAGGAUCCCAGAGACCUUUGCACCGGGCAGGUUCGAUUAUAUCGGCAAUUCCCACCAAAUUUUCCACGUUCUUGUGGUCCUGGGCUCGCUCUGUCAUCUGAGGGCGGUUCUGGGCUCCUACAUGUUUAUGCACUCGCACAUCAAUGCGCCAAACUUGCUCUCCUUGAAAGGCUAA